GCUGCGCUAGCAGCAGGACCGGAUCGUACUCGCACCCCUCGCACUGGCGUUCAAGGCCCGCCAUAGCCGGGCGUCGUGGACGCCAGAGCGUCUACCCGAUUUUGUAUCAUGGUGACGCCUUGUCCUGCCAGCCCGGCCAGCCCCGCUGCGGCAGCCGGAAGGCGGGACAACUAUCAGAACCUCCGCGCCCCAGUGAAGAAGAGCAGACGCCCGCGCCUCCGGAGGAAGGAGCCACUGCGGCCGCUGAACGCGUGUUCGCUCCCGGGAGACUCCGGCGUCUGUGACCUUUUCGAGUCCCCCAGCUCUAGCUCGGACGGUGCGGACAGCCCUGUGGCGUCUGCGGCGCGGGACUGCAGCUCCUUACUCAGUCCUACCCAGCCCUUGACCGCUCUAGAUCUCCAGACCUUCAGAGACUACGGUCAGAGCUGCUACGAUUUUCGCAAGGCACAGGAGAGCCUUUUCCAUCCGCGGGAGUCGCUGGCGCGACAGCCACAAGUGACCGCACAAACCCGCUGUAAGCUGCUCAGCUGGCUCCUGCCAGUCCACCGCCAAUUCGGCCUCUCAUUCGAGUCGCUGUGCCUGACGGUGAACACUCUGGACCGUUUCCUCCUUACCACCCCAGUAGCUGCAGACUGCUUCCAGCUGCUCGGGGUCACCUGUCUGCUCAUCGCUUGCAAGCAGGUAGAGGUGCACCCACCUCGCGUGAAACAGCUCCUGGCCCUGUGCGGUGGCGUUUUCUCCCGGCAGCAGCUGUGCAACCUGGAGUGCAUCGUGUUACACAAGCUGCGCUUCAGCUUGGGCGCACCCACCAUUAACUUCUUCCUGGAGCACUUCACUCACGUUCGCGUGGAGGCGGGGCAGGUUGAGGUCAUCGGAGCCCUGGAGGCUCAAACCCUGGCUCGGGGAGUGGCGGAGCUGAGCCUGGCUGAUUACGCUUUCACCAACUACACACCUUCCCUGCUGGCCAUCUGCUGCCUGGCGCUGGCUGACCGCAUGCUGCAGCUCCCUCAUCCGCUGGACCUUCGCCUGGGAGAGCACCCGGAGGCCGCACUGCAGGACUGUCUGGGCAAGCUGCAGAUGCUGGUGUCCAUCAACAGUACCUCCCUGACUCACAUACUGCCUCCCCGGAUCUGGGAGAAGUGUAGCCUGCCCCAGAGUUAGAAGUAAAAGCACACCCUUGAGUUUCUUUUAUUCCCGGGCCCUGGCUCUGUGCCCGCAGGAGAGUGUGCAGUAUUAAUCCAAAGAGAAGCUCAGGACUCCUGCUUGUAAAUAGUGUACAGUAACAAAUUCUUAUUUAUUUUGCAGAACACAAGGGCGGGGUGACAGUCCUGGCUUGUCUAAAUGCUGCUGUUAU